AUGCCUCUCUUUUUCGACAAGUUUGUUCUUUUUGGCGACUCCAUCACCGAGUACUCGAAUAAGCAAGAUGGGUUUGCUCUUGCCCCGGGGCUCCAGGAUCUCUACUCUAGAAAAAUGGAUAUUGUGACUCGUGGCUUCAGCGGAUAUAACACGGACCAGGGGCUUGUUGUGUUGCGUGAAGUCUUGAAAGCGGAAAACGCAAUUCCAAAUUCAGUGAAACUCAUGUACAUUUUCAUGGGCACCAACGACGCCGCUUCCACGUUUCAGGGUGUUCCCGUGGAUCGGUACAGACUGAAUUUGAGCAGAAUGGUGCAAUUAGCCGCCAGCCAGGGAAUCAAAGUGAUUGUUGUUGGGCCUGCAUUGCACGACCAAGCUUUGGUCAGUGAAAUGAGAGAAGAAAGAGGAGAGCCAGAACAGGCCCACUUUUCUUCCAAUGAAAACACGCGCAAAUACGCCGACACGGCCCUGGAAGUGGCCGCAGAAAACGGCGUUCCGUUUGUGGACUUGUGGUCCGAGUUCCAAAAGUAUGGUGAGUGGUCUACCGAAGAUCUCCUAGCAAACAAGCCCGAUUUGGCCGAGUUGCUCGUCGAUGGGAUCCACUAUACACCCAAAGCAUACGAGGUGUUUUACGAUGCUUUGGUCGAAACCAUCGUGAAACACUACCCGGAUCUUGCUCGGCUGAGUCUAAAACUCAGGCUCCCUUACUACCGUGACGUGGACUAUGGGAACAUAGAAGAGUCACUCAUGAAAAGUAUGGAAGAGUGA